AUGACGGAACCUCAGCAAACGUCCUCUUCCUCCUCAGCUUUCCCUCCAUUGCCAAGCUCAUUUGUCUCCUUUGACCCUUCAGAAGAAGCUGACAAGCAAGAGGCUAAUGAUAUUAGAGAUCAAAGUGCCGAUGCAGGUUACGACGGACUGACUUCGCACCAUUAUCUACAGUCUGGAAUUGAUAGAGGUUUCAGAGGUAACUGGCGAGGACCUAGUACUAGAGGUCGCGGUAACAACAGAGGCCGGUCUUCUUUCCAGCGUGGAGGCUAUGGGCGCCGUGGGGGUUAUGAGCAGCGUGGAGGAGGUUAUGAGCAACGUGGAGGAGGUUAUGGGCAGCGUGGAGGAGGUUAUGAGCAACGUGGAGGAGGUUAUGGGCAGCGCGGACGGGCAAUUUACCAACAAGACAGGACGGAUACGUCAAAGAGACGUAGAAUAACAAAUGACAUACAAUUUCAGCCAGAAACGUCUGCUAGUGCAGCAGGGAAGUCACAAACUUCUGAAGAGAACAUUAAUCCUAAACUUUAUUACAAAAAAUCAAUGCUAGAAGAUCCUUGGGCCAAACUUAUGUGA